GGAGGAGGAGCGGGAGGAGCUGGCUUCGACCAGGGCGCGCCCGCCAGCCAGAGACUGAGGUGCCGCCCGCCGCCGCCGGCCCGGGAGCUGCAGGCAGGCGCAGGCCGCGUCGAGCUGCGUCCCCGUCCUCCUCCUCCUCCUCCUCUUCCCCGCGCGCCGCUCCUGGCCCUUCCUCAGCAGGUUCCUUCUUUGUGUGAAAUAUCUGAAAUCCAAAAAUGGCAGCAAAUAAGCCCAAAAGUCAAAAUUCUUUGGCUCUGCACAAAGUCAUCAUGGUAGGCAGUGGAGGUGUAGGAAAAUCUGCAUUAACGCUGCAGUUCAUGUAUGAUGAGUUUGUGGAAGACUAUGAGCCUACCAAAGCAGACAGCUACAGAAAAAAAGUAGUCCUAGAUGGGGAAGAAGUCCAGAUAGAUAUAUUGGAUACAGCAGGGCAGGAGGAUUAUGCUGCAAUUCGAGACAACUACUUCCGAAGUGGAGAGGGUUUUCUCUGUGUAUUCUCUAUUACAGAGCUUGAAUCUUUUGCUGCUACAGCCGACUUCAGAGAGCAGAUUUUAAGGGUAAAAGAAGAUGAGAAUGUUCCAUUUUUGCUAGUUGGUAACAAAUCGGAUUUGGAAGACAAAAGACAGGUUUCUGUAGAAGAAGCAAAAAACAGAGCUGAUCAGUGGAAUGUUAACUAUGUUGAAACGUCUGCUAAAACACGAGCUAAUGUCGACAAGGUAUUUUUUGAUUUAAUGCGAGAAAUCAGAGCAAGAAAGAUGGAAGACAGCAAAGAAAAGAAUGGAAAAAAGAAAAGGAAAAGCCUAGCCAAGAGGAUCAGAGAAAGAUGUUGCAUUUUAUAAUCAAAGUUCCAAACUCUCAUCAUCCCUUGAUCAUACUAAUAAAAUCCAUAACUUAUAGCAUGCCAUUUGGAGGCUCCUAUGACGGAAAUUACUCUUAACAGUUUGGAAAUUGUAAUGUACCACUUAAAGCAUGAAUUGGGACAGCACUGAAAGUCUUUCACUGAAAAAGUUUAACGUGGCUUCAAGAGAAGCAGAAUUCAACCCAUUUCAUAACUUGCUGCCUCUCACCAUGGUUCUUCUGAAUGUAGAGGGUUUUUUUUCAUGGGCAGUCCGUCUUGAACUGUAAACAAAGCAUUACUUUCUAUCAUUUCUCCUAAAGCAUACAGUUUUCUAUCACCCAAACUUCACUUUGUCUUCUACUGCCUUGGAAACUACAGCAGUGGUCAAAACUAAGCAAAGGUAGUGUAUAUAUGCUUUUUUUUUUUUUUGCAGUUAUAAGAAUAUGCAAAUUAGAGAAGAGAAACGAGCUCUGUUCUCUGCUUCUAUUGGAAGUCAUUUAUACAUGGAAUUAGCUUAGACAAAUGGUAUAAACUCAUGAGUAUAUUUGAAUAUGCCUUAAUUUAAAAAAAAACUUUAAAAAAGUAACGUAGUUAAGGGUGUAUCUUCUUUGUGAUGCACUGAGGUGUGUGCAUCACUGUGAAAGUAUAUCCUUCAGUGUGGAGUGCAGUUUUUGUGAGCAAUUUUGCUAACUAGCUGUGUGCUAGCAGUAUCUCUGAUCAGAAAAGUGUGCCAUACUCUGGGUCUUUAAUAAUCCAGAGCGUACUAUUAACCUGUGAUUCAAUGAAGAUUGCUUUUGCUUACAGUGGAAGGGCCGUCAUAGACAUCUGAGAUUGAAUAUAAAAAGAGGGUGGAGCACAUUUCAGCCAGAAGUGGUCACGUAUUUCUUAAUGCACAGACAUUGACACUGCCCUUUGGCAGCUACUUAAUUUGGGGAAGGUAUCUUCCUAGGGUUGGGGCACAGUGCGGGGCAAAUAGUUGCUGGUAGUUGUGUACUUAGAGCACAAAUUGAUCUGUCUGGAAAAUAUAAAUUUUCCAUUUUUCUGUGUUACUCCUGUCUAAGGCUUUGGAAAUGUUAGCUAUGCAUUACCUAAUGGGAAAGCGUUAUAGCUACUUUUUCUGAUAUCAGUCAAAUACCCCACUCUACUUUGCAGUAUGGAAAUAUUGGCCAUGUGCUUCCAUAGUCCCUCAUUGAUACAUUAAAAUGUAUUGCCCUUUACUGUUCUGCUUUUUGAAAUAUAAUUAGUACGUUUAGUAUGUGGAAUUGAAAGAUAAAGCACUAUCUGAGGCUUUUAAGUUUCUUGGGUGUAGGUGUAAAGGUUAGAUCAGUUACAAAAAACACUUUUUUAUAUACAUGUGUGAAUUUAUGAAAAGACAGUUCAAGAUGUGUCUGAGCAGACUAGACAACACAUAUUUAACAUGCUAACAAGUAGACAUUAGGAAUGUGGCUGUUUAGAGAACACUUGUUUAUCAAAACUUUUUGUAUGUACAUUCUCCUGUAGACGCUACCAUGUGCAGAAUUAGUUCUUGAUGUGCCUGGCCAAGCAGAUUGGUCCUCAUCUUAUUGUGUAUUUGUUUUCAGUCUGUCUAACCAGGGAGUUUAACCACUAACAUUGAUGUUUGUGUAAUGGGAACCAAGGUGUUAUGAAGCCAAUGGACACAGAGAAACUAUUGUCAUAGGCUGAUGCCUUACCAGAUUCUUUUUAUUUGCUAUUUGAGCCAUUGACUAUGAAUAAACUUUCAUUUUUAAAAAAAUA